UUGCUUUGUUGUUGUUGCUGUUUGUAAUCAACAAUAAUAAAUUUCAUCAACAAAAUGUCAUUGAUAACAAGUUAUACUCCAAAUUAUUUUUCAAUAAAUGAUAUUUUGGCAACUGAAGAAAGAAUAUUGUGUACUAUUGAAAUAACACUACCUCGUUUAGGAUUUUUAGAUGUUUCAACAGAUGAAGAAGACCUAAAAAAAGGAACAAAAUUAGAAUUUCCAUUUUGGUUGGCACAGACAAUGGGCUGCAGAAGAACACCAAUUGUCAGUAUUGAAAUACCAAAAUAUUACAAAGAAGGUUAUAGAGAAAUUUUAGAAGCAGAUGCUUGUGCAGUAACACUUAGCAGAUGGAAUCCAUGUUAUUAUGAAUUAGGAAUGCUUUUAAAUCAAUUUACUAAUGCUGAAACUGAAAAAAUACCAGCAAGUUUAGAAAAGACUUUUAGAUCUCGAAUAAGACUUGUGAUGGAUUGGGCACAAAAUCCAGUAUCAGAUCCAACACUAGGUAGCCAACUUCCAAUAUUAGAAAGAAAUUUAUUUACAGCUGGUCGAAAAGCAAGAGUACAAUUAAUAUCUUGGCUAAAAGAAGGUGUUGGUUCCAUUGAAACAUCUGAAGUUGUUGCUAGUUUUAUGAAAAAACGUAAACGUGCUGAAUUUGAGGCAAAUUAAUAUUUAAAAAAUAAAAAAUACCAUCAAUUAAUAGGAAAUAAUUUUAUUGAUAAUAUGUAAACAUACAUAUCCCUUUAUUUAAUUAUACAAACAUAAAAUUUAAUGAUAAUUAAAUAACAAAUAAAAAUCAUAUAUACAAAUAAAAGUAAACAAUAUAUUUAUUUAUUUUUAAAUUAUAACAAGCAAAUAAAUUGGAUGUUUUAUUUUUUUUUAUUUAACUCACAACCCAUAAUUAAAUUUUUUAAUAUUUAAUAAUUUGAUAAUUUUUUUAAUUUCACCAUAAUUUUGAUUAUUUUAUUCAUUAUUUAUUUAUUUAUUUUUAUUAACUUAUUUUUUAUUAUAAAUUGAACAAUUUUUUUUGAUUCUUUUCUUUUUUUUUUUUUAGAAAGUAACAUUUUAAUUUAAAGAUUUAUCGAAAAUCAUUUUUAAAAAA